AUGCGAGUUCUUCCUCAGUCGAGAUCCGCUUCAACGAGCGUUUGUCGCUUCAGUCUGCUUCGGAAUGUCAGUCUGCUUCGGAACGAACACAGCCGGGCUCUCCCCGGGCGAUCGGGGCAGCCCUCGGGUCACUCAAUUACAUCACAGGCCAAACCACCGACGGCGAUCGUACGGUGUCUUUCGUGGCAGCCUCGACAGCUCGCAGCUCCUUCAUCAGAGAUUUGCUGCUCUGUCCCGGUGUCCGAGGUCCUGCGUAUGAACACCUUUACGGCUGCGCACCGCAAGGUGUCCUUCACUCCUCAGAUAUCGCAGCCGCCUGUCGUGGAGACGCCUGCUUGCAUAGUCAAUGUGGUGAACUUGAGGCCAGUUGGGAAGCCAUGCCCUGCGUGUGCUGAGCUGUUAAAGCAUGAUGUGCACCAGCUUAAGCGCAAGGGCACACGCGCAGCAUUCCGCUAUGAGAAUGCUGCACGGAACAUUAUUCCAGCAUUGCGACAUGUGAGCAUCCGUGAGCUUGGCCACUUGGAGCUUGUUGCACAUCUUGAAGCCACGCUAUCGGAGCUGGAAGUGUGCCAAAGUCGAAAUGUCCAGCUCACGCGCGACGUGGACCAGCUUACCGUGAAGAUGCUCGGCUGUGCGGCUCACGACUUCAAGUUGGAGGGCUCCGCACUCGAGCAGCUCCUGCUGGGCAUUGCAAAGAGCAUCCACACAGCACGGCGGCGCUUCAGCUCAGCGGAGGUACAAUUCUACACCACGCUACUGAACCUCGGCGGUCCGCUGGUGUUCAAAUUCGUGUCAGACAACCUGAAUGGACCCUGUCUGCGCACGGUUCGAGGAGCACGCGCCAGCUCAGCCUACUUCCGGCUUGACUCGGUCGAUGAAAAUGUACAGCAAGGGCUGCAGGUUUUCAGCAAGUACAACACCAGCGAGAUACCUAUCAUGAUAUGUGAGGAUGCCAGUGCAGCCACUCCACGGCUUGACGUAGCACACCGCGACGGGAGAUACUUCGUAUACGGCAUGUGUGGUGGUGUGGUGGAGGUCAAGUCGGUUGAGCAGCUGCAGGAUGAGCUGCUGAAGCGUGGGCUCGCCAAGUCACUGUACGUGCAUGUUAUGGUUCCCAUGGCGCCCCACGCGGGCUUCUUGCCUGCUCUCUGCACGGCAUCUGACAACACCGAUGGCUCAGUUGAGCUUUUGCGGAAAAUGAUGGAGGUGGACGAGGCUUUGCAUGGAGCUGGUGGUGUGGCCAUGGGCCAUUGUGGCGACGGUGCGGCAGCAUACAGGAAAGCCAUCAAGGAUGUGGCCAGCUUCACCUUCGUCCACCGGGACGACGUCCCAGCGGGCUCGCUGGUGGUGGAUCACCCUAUUAUGGAGAUGUUUGCACCUUUUUGCAGUGGGGGUUCUAAGCUCAUGACCAUCGACUGGAUGCAUGUCGGCUGGCGGCUAAGGCGCGCCUUCCUCCAUCCCACCAAGCAGCUGCUCAUUGGGCCCUACAUGAUUGACCCCAGCGUGUUGAUCACUCUCAGCAAAGACACGCAACGCAAGGGGAAGGUACAGCUUCUUGCCAGUGACCUGGACUACAACGACAAGCAGAACCAGGCCGCGACGAUGAAGCUGGCGGACCUAGGUAUGGACCCGAAGACAGGUGUGGUCCAGCUCAAGACCACGCUGCGCGACACCCUAGCGGAUGUUGGUCGGAGUGAGGCGGGUGGUGAGGGGCCGACGGCUGACGGCACCGUGUACGGCACCUGGCUGUACCUCGAAUUUAUGCAUAACUACAUGAGCAUUUUCAAUGUCGAAAUGACGCCUAAGGACGCCAUCGAGCGUGCGGCCUUCAUCCUGGUCUUCAUUGGCCACUGGGAGACUGCUUUACGCAAAGCAGCAGCCAAGAACCCAAAGCUCGGUGCAACGCUCAAGGACAACUUCCUGACCAGCGAGACCAAGCAGGAUGUCAUCAUCACAAUGAACAACGUCAUCCUCAUGGCCAAGUACAUGCGUGAUUUCUGUGUUCGCAACAAGGUUCUCGUCAAGUGUGACUUUGGGCGGCUCUCCAGCCGCUUUGCCGAGUACUGCUUCCAAGCCCUCCGUUGUGCGGACAAAACGUCUUGCGUAUUCGGCUUCAAGCGUGCAGAGGAGCUGAUACGGAUCUUCAUCUCACAGCUGGAGAACGAAGUCGACACCGACUGGUCCAUCCCAGCAUCCAAGCGUGGCGUGUCACGCGGGAAGUCGAAGACGUUCUCGCCCGAGGCCGAGGGAGUUGGGGUGCACAAGGCAAUCUUUGGCUACUACCCUGACGAUGCCGGCAUUCAGGAGGCGAUCAACAAGGGACUGCACAGGGCGCAGCAUACUUUGGAGAUGGAUGUCGGACCCGUCACUGGUGGCACCCCACGCCCGGGCAGCGUCUGGGAGUACGUUACUGCAACCGUGCGCAGUGUGCCUUAUGGGCCCAACCGGAUGCGGUUGUUGGCGGACGUGUCCAUUGGUCCCCCGCCACUGGGCCAGUCCGCUCGGUCAGAGAGUGUGGCAGGGCAGGCAGACGCGGAGUAUGGCAAUGAGGAGAUGGACGAGGAGCAGGCCGAGUUCCAGGACACAGGUGCCGCCGACUUCACCACCAACACGGAUGAUGAAGAUGACACUGCACGUGGGCGGGGCAUGGUCCUGCACCCACAGCUUGGCGAUAUUGACAAGGAUGAAGAGGAGUGUGGGAAGUCCAGCAACGCCGUGGCGAAGGGCAAGAAGCGCGGUACUCACAGUGGCCGGCUGUCCCGGCUCAUGUCAGCCCUCCUGGAGUUCUGCCGGCUUGUCAAUGCCUUCAUUGCACGACAGCCACGUGACCGUGUCAACGGUCGGUUCUGGACUACUUCGGAGGAGUUCAGGGACGCCCUGAGCAUGCUGACCGAUGCAGACCAAGACCACUUAUCCGAUGGCGACUGUGUCGCGGUCUUGGCGGCCGACAGGGGACGCACCGUUGUCCGCGGCCACAACAAGGCCAAGCAGGCGCUCCGGCGCAUCCGCCGGUUGGAUAUCAAUGACCCGAAUGGACGUGUGCGCCUGAGGCUACUCUCUGCAGCAGACAAGGACGAGAACGGGCGGUUGAAGUACCUGAUGCCUCACGCCCUUGCACAUUCCGCCAAUGCGCUAUGGGAGACCAACAACAUCGUGCAGUUGGUAUACAUGCUGCCAGGGCGUGAUGACCCCUCUGGGGGCCAGUACAUCAUGCAUGAGGAUGAUGAGAAGGCCCUGCGGGACUACUGCGAGACACACAAGUUCGUUUUGGACGAGAAGGGUGCUUGUUGGGGAGGGGGCCGGGCUGUGCAGGCUCCGAUUCAGGCGUCCUUGGCACCGGGGGGGCUAGUGCCCAUGUCCACACCUAAACCAGGGCAGCCUCGCCAACGCAAGCUCGAGUUGCGUGUUGACUCUGCUGCCCGUGGAGAUGUUGCUGCGGCGCUGGGUCAGCAGACUAAGUCUGGUCGCAUACUACAGCCUACCAGGAGGGCACUCGGUGAGGAUUGAAAC